AUGGCUAUUGCGACAUGCUCCUUCGUGAUGUCGGUUGAUUGGUUCAUGAAUGUUAACGGAAGACCUUCAGUGAUGCCGAGCGCCGAGCGCCGGAGGGGAUGUAUAAUGUAUGACCUGGUGGUAGCGGUGGCGGCGGCCCUGAUCCUGUUUUUUGGCACUAUCAAGCUAUGCGCGGGGGAGUUGAUAAAUUGCGACAGAGAUCCGAAAGCUUGUGAAGAACGAGGGGGCUCCCGAUCGCACAACCCUUACUGCCCAGGCUUGCCGCCGAAUAUGCAAGCAAGGUGUUGUGAGAAUGGUAGAAGCUUGAUAUACUUCGGCGGUCCUCGAAGUUGA